GAAAAGUCUUGUUGGUGCACCUUCCUUUCAUGAGGCCCCCUCUGGUGUUCCGACCAUCCCAUGGAAUUUUUUGCUAACAUCCAGGUGCUGCUCUUGCUCUUCUUCUCCGCCUGCUCUUUCGUCCGAGGAUCUUGGUGGCUGUUGAGUCGCGUGCAGCUGUCCGCCAUCGCUUCUCAGUCGGGGCCGCGCCAGCUGUGCGCCGCCCUGCCGGGGCUUUCCCGGCGCCAGCGCGAGAUUUGCGAUCGUCAGCCCGCCCUGGUCAAGAGCAUCGGGCAGGGGGCGCGCCUCGGGGUGCUCGAGUGCCAGAACCAGUUCCGACACCACCGAUGGAACUGCUCCACGGUCGACACCGGGGCCUCCGUCUUCGGGAACACGGUCCUCAAAGUAGGCAGUCGUGAGUCGGCUUUCCUGUACGCCAUCAGCUCGGCCGGGGUCGCCCACUCCGUGACCCGCUCCUGCAGCCGCGGGGAAUUGCGCCACUGCACUUGCGACCCGAAUCGCAAGGGGGUCGGCGGGGACCGCCAGGGGCCCUUCGCCUGGGGCGGCUGCUCCGAGUUCGUCAGCUUCGGCAUCAAGGCGGCCCGCAAGUUCAUCGACGCCCGGGAGGCGGCGCUCAAAGACGCCCGCUCCCUCAUGAACCUGCACAACAACAGGGCCGGCCGGAAGGCUGUUCAGCGCCAUACGAAGAAGGAGUGCAAGUGCCACGGCGUGAGCGGCUCUUGCGUGUCCCGGACGUGCUGGUUGGCGUUGUCUGAAUUCGAUCGCGUGGGGCACUUCCUGAAGGGGCAAUAUGACGGGGCGGUGCAGGUCACCGUGGAUCAGCAGGGGCGGCUGGUGUCAGCCCCGGAUAGGAAGCCCUACAGCAAGGCAGAUCUCGUCUACUACGAGCCAUCGCCGGAUUACUGCACAGUCGAUAAGACUGCAGGCACCCUGGGAACUGCAGGCCGCGAAUGCAAGAAAAAUUCUCCCGGAACGGAUGGUUGCGACCUCAUGUGCUGCGGCCGAGGCUUCGACACCAAACGGAUGGAGAUCAUCACAAAGUGUCGCUGCAAAUUCCACUGGUGCUGCUACGUGCAAUGCGACGAGUGUCGACAAUGGAAGGACGUCCACACAUGCAAGUCGCAGAACGGCUCCUGAAGGGAUUGCGACCCAAGCGACACC